AUGAAUAUUUCAAUUCCAGCAUUAAUAUUGAUUUUGUGUUUAACUAUUCAAGCCUAUCCAAUACAGCAACAAGGUUUAUUAGCACUACAGAAACGUUUACAAACUCUUGUUAGAGUGGCAAAAGAGAAUGAACAUUAUGAUUCUAUUAGAGAAAUCGAUGAAAUUUUCAAUCUGCUUGGAAAUGAUAACAAACAAGAAAAAUCAGAAGUAGUGGAAAGGUACAAUCCAAAACGACAACGAGAUUUUGAAUAG